CGCGAGAUUGGAGGGAAAGUUUUAUGCUUGAAUUAGGUCAGCUGGUGAAGCGGUUAAGUUAAGCGUUCAUAUGUUUUCGUUAAAAAGUUUGAAAUUACAAAUUUUGAUAAUCAGACACCGAGUUCAGUAUCUAUAAAAUAAUCUUUGCUUUCCAUUUCAUUAAAAAUGGUGGAUAUCAGUACCUCGUUUAGAGUUGAGACUCAUAAUGUUGAAGAUGUUCUUUGUUAUCGAGACAAGAAUUUUUAUCCAUCAUCAGGAUGGAAUUAUCUUAUGAGACGAAAUAUGCAAGAGGUGAUUCCAGGCCUCUUUCUAGGUCCAUACUCAUGUGCACUAGAACAAUGUCAUAAUAAUUUAUUGGAACAAGGAAUCACACAUAUCGUUUGUGUUAGGGACAUUUCUGAAGCACAUUUCAUUCGUCCUCAGCUGGAUCAAAAUUUUACUUAUUUGACAUUGGAUAUAGCCGAUUCCAAAAUGGAGAGUAUCAUAGCAUUAUUUUCUGCAGUAAAUAAGUUCAUCAAUGAAGCUUUCAAAAAAAAGAGUAAAGUUCUUGUACAUGGUAAUACAGGAAUAUCUAGGAGUGCUACUUUAGUUGUAGCAUAUGUUAUGGAAACCUACAAUUUAUCAUAUGUGCAAGCAUUGAAACUUGUGAAAGAGAAAAGGGGAUGUAUUAAUCCCAAUGAAAGUUUUACUGCCCAAUUAUAUGAAUAUGAAGUCCUUUAUAAGACCAAAAAAUUCUUUGAACUUUGUGGACAAUCUUCAAAAGUGAGAGAAACUGUGAAAAGGAAACAUGAUGAGAUGGAUCAGCCUCAUUCAAAAGUUGACCCAGUUCAGUUAGAAUCAUCUGAUUCUAACCAAACCACUAAUUCUUAUAAAAAAUUUGCAAAUGUAAGUAGAGUUUCUACAAAACGCAAAAUAUAAUAUUGUAUUUUAUGUAAAAGAAAUGUUUGGCAUUAGUGAAUUAAUGGUAUUUAAAAGGGCACAUUUCUGGAUCAAGCUUUUUAUUCUUGAUUCUGUAUCUAAAGUGACCUGAUUAUUUUAUAUUCAGUUUUGUUAUUACUUUGAAGAAUUUCACUGAUGAAUUAACUGAAUAGUAAAGAAAUUUCAUUUAAACAUUGAUUUCCAAAAUAUUAUGUCCAAUGAUCAAAGUUAAAUACCUCAGAGUGAAGAAACUCAGUAUAGACAUCACAUUUCAGAUGCACUGACACUUUUUAUGAAGUUUUUAUAGAAGAAACGAUACAUCUGUUCUUAAGUUUACUGAUAAAUACUUGUGGUUAUUUUGAGUAAUUGACCGAUCAAUUUUUUUUUAAAGUAUGUAUAUGGAUAAAUUUACUAAUUCCUAUUUUAUAAUUAGGAACACUGAUAUGGAUUAUGAAUCAAUAGAUUGAUAAAAAAAAAUUAUAAUCUCAAAUGCAAUGAAUUUACCUUUUCAAUAAAAAAUUAAUUUUUGGGAUACUGUUAACUCAUUGAUGAUAUGAUCGGUUUUUCCAUUAUGAUCUCUUCAACAAAACUUUGAACAAUCAUAGUUUUAAUUGCAACAACAAAAUUUUAUUGAAAAAACCAUUAUUAUCUUGAUUGCUUGCCAUAGUAUUCCGACCUUUUAUAUAGUUCUGAAAGGAAUUGAAAUCUGUAGAGUUGUAUUACAGAAUUUAUUUUUAUUUGGAAAAAGUUUUAGAUAUUAUUUAGACAUAUUUGACAUAUCAUAUGAUCUCAAUUCUUAAAAUAUCGAAAUAAAUAGAAGAAUUUAUAGCGUAUUCGACUGGCUGCACCAGUGCGAAUUAAUUUGAGCCAAUUUUGUCAUUAAGCUCUACAAAAAUUCGAACUGGUGCGGCCAGUUUAAUAUUUGUAGAAACCAUUUUUCAAAUGUAAUUACAAAGCUCUAUCAUAAUUUAUUUUCACUUUUUUCUAAAUAAUUUUUCACUGCACUCGAUGAAAGACCAGUAAUUAUUGCUGUGUAAUAAUUAUUGAUACCAAAUAUUCAUUUUGUGAAUAAAAUUGCAUUUAUGCUCAUUGUGAAAUAGAUCCAUGAUUCUAUUUUUUAUAUGUAAUUUUCACAGUAUUGAAAAAUCAGGAAGGAGUGAAUCAAAUUUUGAUAGUAUUAAUUGCUGAUGCCAGAUAUUUAUUCUGUAAAUAGAUAUGAUUUUUCUAGUUUUAAAUUUUGUAUUAAUUAAGAAUUUAGUUUAGAUUUCUUGAAUGAUUCAAUUGUUCAAUUGGUUUUCCAAGUCAGUACCUGAUCUAUUAUUAGAGAAAUGUAAAUAAAUAGAUUUAGAUGAUGAGUGUGGCAAGUCCAAUUGUAUUUUCUAUUUUUAUAUGUUGUAAAAUCAAAAUUAAAAAAAAAUCAAAAUAUGAAUAAAAUUAAUUUUUUGAA